AGUUACUGUAACUGACCGCUGGGUGUCACUGUCGCCGCUGAAAUCACGCGCGCAGGUGCCGCGCAUUAUAACCGCCGGCGGGAAAGAUGAACACACAAACACACACACGGUCAUGACGGAGGUUUAAAUAAGCAGAAGUGAUUAAUGACUGGAGCGUGAGAGAGAGAGAGACGAUGCAGCCGCUGCAGAUGCUGGAGGUUCCCGGGUUCAGACAGAAGCUGCUGGAGGCCUUGAGUCUGGGCAGACGGCAGCAGUACAGCUUCCCCCUCAUGCAGAGGGAGGAGCCGCUCGCAGACGCGCAUGUCCCCCGGGGCCGCAGCCCCUCCCUGCCCGGAUCCUUCUGCAGAGCCGAGGAUGAGAGCGAGAGCGAGCUGCUGUAUCUCUCUUUCGUCACAGCCUCCUCCUCCAUCCCUCCGCUCUCCUCGUCAUCCUCCUCAUCAUCUGAGAGCGAAAGCACGUCGUCGAGGCGCUCGCGCAGACGCAAACGCAACAGUCAUGGCGUGAGAGAGCCACUCGUCAUGGGAAACCAGGACGGAAAGCUGAAGCGCUCCGGUGGAGGGGAAGCAGGAGGUGCGGUGGAUGAGAAUGGAGCUCACGAGGGUGUAAAGAAAGGGAAGAAAUCCCAUGGAAAGGGAGGGGAGGGAGGGAAGAAGAAAAACAAAUCAGACAGAUCCUCCGUUUUCCCUCACAUACGGAAGCGUAAGAACCUGAAAGCGAAAGGGUUGCUGAGCGCCUCCAAAGAAGAUGCGCUGGAUGAACUUGAUAGCGUUCCAUCUCUGUGCAAUAAGACGCCAGAUCUCUCCGGAGAUGAGCUCGGACAGUCUGACAUGGAGACCGAGAGGCCUCGUCUGGUGGCUGACAGCAGGCAGACCACACUGGAUGCCACCGACGGCCCCGAGGAAGAGGAGAAGAUCCGCAGCUCCGGAUCCGACACGGAUAUGUAUAGUUUCCACUCUGCCGCCGAGCAGGAAGAUUUGCUGGCUGACAUCCAGCAGGCCAUCCGGAUGAAGCAGGGAGUGAUGCUCACCACUGCCGUCGAGCUUCCCUGGGAGAAGGAUUGUAAACAAACCAACGGCGGGGACACUAAAAACACUCCGACCCCCGACUCGGAGCAAUUUACAGUGCUGGAAGCCUUUCCUAAACAAGAGCACGUUAGUGCGGCGCACCUCCCUGAGGAGAGGGUAGACGAGGAGACGGCUGUGAAUGGAGACUCAGAUGCGGCCCUUUGUACCAUCACAAAAGAGCCUGAGGCCCCCCUUCCUCCUCCAGCGGUUGUCAAGACAACCAGUGAGUGCAGCUUCCCAGACCUCACUGCUUCGUUUGAAAGUGCAGUGGAGGCCGUGGAAGAGGACGAUUCAGCUCCGGACGCUCCCAGCACGGAUACCCUGUCGGCGGGGUCCGUGGAAUGUCUGAGCGCCGUGGAAGUGAGCGAACGGCGCAAGAGCAGCGUGACGUUCGCGCACCAGGAAAGCCCCCUGGCCACACGGCUGCUGAAGUCCUCGGUCAAGCCGUAUCCACCAAUCAGCACGUCCUACAUCAAAACCACCACGCGGCAGCUGAGCUCGCCCUCCUGCUCGCCCGCGCCGUCCCCGUCUCACAGCCCGCUGUUCACGCGGCGAGGGCCCGACGCCAGGGCCGAGAGGAGACGGGUCAAGCGGCAGCGCUCCUACAGCAUCACCGACCCCAUCAGCCGCUCCGCCGACUGGACCGAGGAACUUCGGUCUCUUCCUCCGAAAACGGCCAGAUCGGCUGACUAUCUGGAGUACGGAGGCUCGGAGGGAACGCUCAGGAAGGGCGGCUCGGCGCUCGCUGCCACACGGAGGGCGUCUGCAACUCAGGCGUCGACAUGCAGCUUUCAGGAAGUUUUCACAGGCCGGACGUUGCUGGAGAAGUUUUUCCAGCAGGAGGAUUCCAGCGAGCCGGAGGAGGCGGAGAAGAUUUGCUCCAGGAUCCUGGCCAUGGGUCUCCUGCUUCCCUUCAGUGACUGUUUCAGAGAGGCGUGCGGCAGCAGCGGACAGAUCGCACCCAAAUUUGACCAAGAUCAGCUGUACACAUGGGCGGCAGUGAGCCAGCCUCCUCCGUCGCUGGAGCGCUUGGAGGGACGUUUACCUGGACACCUGAAGGGCCUGUGGCCCCUGACCAGACCGGGAGAAGAGGAGCGGCCCGAGCCCAAAUACACAGAGGAAGCGGUCGAGGAGCCGGAGGAGCAUCAGGCUGUCGUCUCAGACCUGAAGAAACAACAGGAAGAAGAAAUCCGGCAAAUUCAGGAGGAGUCCGUGCUGAAGACGGUGAAUCUGAAGCAGGAGCACGUCUGCGUGAUUGAGCAGCUGGAGCAGACCAUUGAAGACCUGCGCAGUAAGAUCGCUGAGCUGGAGAAACAGCAGCCCCUGCUGGAGCGGGAGAUCAUCACGCAGGAUCAGGAGUGCGGCGGGGAGGAAGGCCUUGUCCCGGACGUCUGCCAUGUGGACCUACAGACAGAAAACUCUGUGCUGCUGCCGCUGGAGGCCAAAUCGGUGCAAACAUCUCCUGUGGACGAGAGCUUUAGGUUUAAAGUGCCUCCUGUGGAGGCGCAGGCGCCCGGAGGGAGUGACUCCUCGCAGGGCUCUCAGUCUCAGGCUGGUUCUCAAGCGUUUGUGUGCGUCUGCCAGCAGCAGCCGGGCACUUCAGUGCCACCUCCCCCACCACCACCUCCUCUUCCAGGAGUGGAUGCACCUCCUGCACCUCCUCCUCUCCCAGGCAGUUCAUUGCCUCCUCCGCCACCACCUCUACCAGGAAUGGGUGCACCUCCUCCUCCACCUCCUCUACCAGGAGUAUGUGCACCUCCUCCACCUCCUCUACCAGGAGUAUGUGCACCUCCUCCUCCACCGCCUCUACCAGGAGUAUGUGCACCUCCUCCUCCACCGCCUCUACCAGGAGUAUGUGCGCCGCCUCCUCCACCUCCUCUACCAGGAGUAUGUGCACCACCUCCUCCACCGCCUCUACCAGGAGUAUGUGCACCUCCUCCUCCACCUCCUCUACCAGGACUAAGUGCGCCGCCUCCUCCGCCGCCUCUUCCAGGAGUAUGUGCGCCUCCUCCUCCACCUCCUCUACCAGGUCUAUCUGCACCACCUCCUCUCACCACUGCAGGAUCAGCACCUCCUCCUCCUCCACCACCACCUCCUCCAUCUAUGGCUCCUGGAGCCUGUGCGCCUCUGUCCUUCGGUUUUGGCUCUUUGCCUCCUCCCCUGCCACUCGGUCUGUACGCGUUAGGAGCGGCGCAGGAGAAACCGCCUCGCAAAAGCAUCGUGGAGCCACCGAGACCCAUGAAACCGCUGUACUGGACACGAAUACAGCUGCACGCCAAAAAGGACUCAAAUUCUCUCGUAUGGGAGGCGAUCGAAGAGCCAUCCGUGGAUUUUGACGAGUUUGUCGAGCUUUUCUCCAAAACGGCAGUCAAGGAGAAGAAGAAACCUCUUUCGGACACAAUCAGCAGGUCGAAGACCAAGCAGGUGGUGAAGCUGCUAAACACCAAGCGUUCGCAGGCGGUGGGGAUUCUGAUGUCCAGUUUACAUCUCGACAUGAAGGACAUUCAGCACGCGAUCCUGAAUCUGGAUAACACAGUGGUUGAUCUGGAGACGUUACAGGCCCUCUAUGAGAACAGAGCCCAGCAUGAUGAGCUGGAGAAAAUCGAGAAACACAUCAAAUCCUCAAAAGACAAAGAAGGAAGCAAACCUCUGGACAAACCCGAACAGUUCCUCCAUCAGCUCUCCCAGAUUCCUGAUUUCUCCGGACGAGUCUUCUGUAUUCUCUUUCAGUCGACCUUCACCGAAUGCAUCUCGUCUGUUCAACGCAAACUCCAGAUUCUGCAGAGAGUCUGCAAGACUCUUCAGAGCGGUUCUGGAGUUCUGAAGAUUCUUGGUUUAGUUUUGGCUUUUGGUAAUUUCAUGAAUGGAGGGAAUCGCACCAGAGGUCAAGCAGACGGCUUUACGCUAGACAUUCUGCCCAAACUCAAGGAUGUCAAGAGCAGUGACAACAGUAAAAGUCUUCUGUCAUACAUCGUGUCAUACUACCUGAGACACUUUGAUGAGGACGCGGGCAGGGAGACGUGUGUGUUUCCACUCCCAGAACCUCACGACCUGUUUCAGGCCUCUCAGAUGAAGUUUGAGGACUUGACUAAAGAUCUUCUGAGACUCCGAAAAGAUCUGCGAGCAUGCACUGCACAGGUGGAGAAGGUUUGCUCGGUCACGACGGAAGAGCAUCUACAGCCCUUUAAAGACCAGAUGGAGACGUUCGUCAGUGAAGCAAAAACUGAGCUGGAAAGUCAAGAGAAGCAACUCGGUGAAACGCACAAAAUGUUCCUGGAGCUGUGCGUCUUCUUCUCGGUCAAGGCCAAGAGCGGAGAGAAAGAGGUUUCGCCCAACACCUUCUUCUCCGUUUGGCACGAGUUCUCCACCGAUUUUAAAGACACCUGGAAGAAGGAGAACAAGGUCAUUUUGCAGGAGAGGCUGAAGGCGGCGGAGGAGUGUUUCCGACAGGUGAAAGAAAAGGCCACGUACAGCGUCAAACCCAAACACGCGUCUGGAAUCAAAGCAAAGUUGGGUAUGAAGAUAUGAGACGUCUGAUGAAGGCUGACGAACGCUCUCGGGCUCUUGCCGUUCGAUCUUUAAUUCGCUCUCACACACACCGCUUCAGUGUUACUUCUGCCAUACGGACACAGGAAGUGAUCUGCCUUCAGAAUGUGAUGUCAUAUCCUGUGCGGUGAUGAACAUAUCAAAUGUUUGCUCCAGAAUUCCCACAAUCACUGCUGAAGUUCGCUGCGCACACCGGAGGACGGAAGCAAAAUCAUCAAAGAAAAGCGUUGUUUUAUUUUUAGAGAAAUCUUUAUUUGCAAACAUCAGCAGCCGACCGUCACAAGCUUUUAAUCAGCGCACUCGUUUAACGUGUUCAAAGCACAGCAGAGCCAAACACCCUCCCGUCCUACAGGACCUGAAAGAGACACUUGAGAAAGUACAGCGUGAUCGAAAGAAACGGCGAACGUUCAGGAAAUCUACUCAGUGUUUUUGUGAAAUUAUGCAAGAUUGUUUUGCUGCAUCCACACACUCACUUAAUGUAUUUAAAAAUGACGUUUUUUUAAAUUAAUGUAAAUGUUAUUAACAUCUUUAUGUAGCGUUCUGGUUUGUUUUUAGCAUGUCCGUGUUGGAGGUGUGGAUCCGUCUGCGCUCCAUGUGCAAUAACUGUUUGUAUCUGAACGUUUUGAGAAGAGUGUAAUUUAUGUAAAAUAAAGCGAUUAAUAAAUUCAGACAUUUUAAUUUA